GAGCUGGGGGUGCCCUGUCCCCUCCAAAGGGCUCUGCUGCUGCCCAUCUCCACAUCUCCCCUCUCUGGGACCAGGGGAAGAUCCCAAAGGAGGCAGGAUCAGCCCCGUGGGCAUCACCUCAUGCCUGGAUGUUCGUCCUCCUGACCAGCCCUCGGCCGCCCACCCCACACGCAGUCGAUGCCUCCAGGAGAGCCCUCUGAGCCCCAGCCUGCAGCAUGUCCCAGCUCUCCUCCACCCUGAAGCGCUACGUGGACUCCUCCCGCUACACUGAGACCACCUACAGCAAAGUGCCCGGCGGGUACAGCUCCUACAGCUCCUAUGGAUCCACCCUGUCCUAUGCAGACAGCGACAAAAUCGGCUUCAAAGCCAGCUACCUGGGCUCCCCCCGGUCUGCUCCAUGGGGGUGUCUGCGGCACCAUGUCUGUGGCAUGGCCAGUGCAGCACCAUCUCAGCCUUCUUCCCUCUCUCUGCAGAGCUCCAAGGCGGUGCAGGGGCUGACUGGGCUGCGGAACCUCGGCAAUACGUGCUUCAUGAACUCCAUCCUGCAGUGCCUGAGCAACACCAAGGAGCUGCGGGAUUACUGCCUGCAGAACCAGUACCUGCGGGACCUCAACAACAACAGCCGCAUGCGCACGGCGCUCAUGUCAGAGUUUGCAAAACUGAUCCAGCUGCUCUGGACCUCGUCCCCCAACGAAAGCGUGAGCCCCUCCGAGUUCAAGACGCAGAUCCAGAGAUACGCCCCCCGCUUCGUCGGCUACAACCAGCAGGAUGCCCAGGAAUUCCUGCGGUUCCUCCUGGAUGGGUUACACAGCGAGGUGAACCGUGUGCUGGUGCGGCCCCGGGCCAGCACGGACACCCUGGACCACCUCCCUGACGACGAGAAGAGCCGGCAGAUGUGGAGGAGGUACCAGGAGAGGGAGGACAGCCGCAUCAGCGACCUCUUCGUUGGGCAGCUGAAGAGUUCGCUGACCUGCAGCGAGUGUGGCUACUGCUCCACCGCCUUCGACCCCUUCUGGGACCUGUCCCUGCCCAUCCCCAAGGUGAGGCACCCCCAGUGA